AUGCAAUUUAACGAAAUUGAUGAUGAUGACGAUGACAGGUCUCGGGGUAGGGGUGGGGGCGUUUGUUGCCUCGUUAAAGGGAACUGCCAUGUAGAAUUUGUGACUCACAUUAAAGCUGGAAAGGCCGACGGACUCUGCGUGGAUCUGUUUUUCCAGACGAGGUCCUACUAUGUCCGCAUCAUUACGAUAUACCGCCCUCCGAAUUCGACCAAAGCUGAUGAUGAUGCCCUGAUUGAAGUGCUCGGUGAUCUUGUGGCAGUGCGCUCGAGCACUGUGGUCCUUGGAGAUCUCAAUCUCCAAGUUGACUGGAGUAGUUCGAGAGCUCUGAAUUCUGCUGCUGCUGCUUACAUGAACUUCUUCCGUGUGUCUGGCCUCAGACAGCAUGUUAUGCAACCCACCCAUAAUGGAAAGGUCCUUGACCUCAUACUUUCCACGUCACAUAACAUCUCGAAUGUUUCAGUACUACCUCCGCUAGCUACGUCAGAUCAUAACGUUGUUUCCUUCGAUCUUCUUGAAGAGUCUAGUUCCCAUUGCCAUGUUCCUAGGCCAGAUUUCUUGAGCACUGACUUUGCUGCCCUCAACAACUUCUUCUUAGGCGUGGAUUGGUGGGCACUUUUUGAUCAGUAUUCCUCGAUGGAUGACAUAUACCAGCGAUUCUGUGGGGUGGUUUACAGCGGGCUUGCUAAAACGGUUCCAUUCAAAUCCGUUAGUGGAUCUGGUCCUAAGUAUCCUCGUCAUAUAACUAACUUACUCCAGCAAAAGCAACGCCUCUUCUCUGAGUUAAGCUCUCCUCUCGGAAGCGCACCUUAUAGAAAAGUUUGUUCUGAUUUAGAUCACCAUUUGAGAAAGUUCCUCGCUAACUAUGAGCGCCGGCUUGGAUCCCAUGCUUCCUUACAACGGCUUUUCCAUUACUUUCGGCGCAAGCUGAAGCCAAACCAGUUACUCCCCACACUAUCUGACCACACGGGUAGGGUUUACCGUAGUGACGCGGACAAAGCAGAGGCACUCGCUAACCAUUUCUCUAGUAUUUUCACGUCUAAUUUCUCUCAUGAAUGGAACCUCGCGUGCUUCCCACAUGUUAAUGAUAGUCUCACGGAGGUUUUCUUUGAUCCUUACGCGGUUUCCAUGAUCCUAAAAAAGCUCCAUCCCUCAACUAGUGAACCUUAUGAUGGGAUCCCACAAAUAGUUUACAAAAAAUGUCACUUUUCGCUGUGUAAGCCUCUGGCUAUGAUGUUCAACCUCUCCUUCCUAACAGGUGAUGUCCCUCAGCUCUGGAAAGAUGUUAUUAUCACUCCUAUUCAGAAGUCCCCCAAGUUAUCCACACUGAGCAACUUCCGCCCAAUCAGCCUUGCUCCCACUCCUGUUAAG